AUGUUCUCUCUUCCUUCGGUGAGACAGAGACUGUCAAUGUCCACCACUCGCUGUCUGUUUGUCCAAACAGUAUCUCUCAAUGCGUUGCAAGGACAUUUUGUGCAAGAAUGGGCCAAGAAACAACUGUUUAAAUCUGUUGAAUCCCGAAAUGUAUUCCAUAGCUUUCUUUUUUUGGUGUUCUGUUUUUCCGUAUUUCAUCCAUUCUUCUGUACGACAAUUUUUUCAUUCUUACUUACCACUAUUUCCAUUUUGUCUUUUGUACAUCUGAUUCCAUUUUGUCUUUUGUACAUCUGUUUCCUUUAUGUCGUCCGUACCUCUGUUUCAUUUGUGUCUUCCGUACUUUUGUUUCGUUUGUGUCUUCCGUACCUCUGUUUCCUUUCUGUUGCCGUACACAUGUCCCCCUUCUGUCUUACGUACCUCCGUUUCCAUUCUGUUUUACGUACCAUUGUUUCGUUUGUGACUUCCGUACCUCUGUUUCAUUUGUGUCUUUCGUACCUCUGUUUCGUUUGUGUCUUCCGUACCUCUCUUUCGUUUAUGUCUUCCGUACCUCUGUUUCAUUUAUGUCUUCCGUACCUCUGUUUCAUUUGUGUCUUCCGUACAUCUGUCCCCCUUCUGUCUUCCAUACCUCUGUUUCCUUUAUGUUUCCGUAAAUCUGUCCUCCUUCUGUCUUACGUACCUCUGUUUCCAUUCUGUCUUACGUACCACUGUCUCAUUUGUGUCUUCCGUACCUCUGUUUCAUUUGUGUCUUCCGGACCUCUGUUUCGUUUGUGUCUUCCGUACCUCUGUUUCCUUUCUGUUUCCGUACAUCUGUCCCCCUUUUGUCUUACGUACCACUGUUUCAUUUCUUCGUUUUAUAUGCCUACUUUCUAUAGUUCUUUGGUUAUUUUAUUCUUUUCUUCCAAACGCUUAUUUUUUCCUUUCUUCCUUUCGCCUAUUUGGUUCGUUUCUUUCAUGCCCUACUUACUUCAAUCCAUCCAUACACCUAAUUUAUCUCUUUUCUCCGUAGUUCUAUUUAAUUCCGUAACUCUUUGUUCUUCUUUUCUUCCGCGCACAUAUUUUAUUCUUUCUUCCUUUCUUCCGUGCUCCUAUUUCCAUCCUUUAUACGAUGCCAUUCUUAUAUUCUUUUCUCCCGCUCUACUCAUUUCUUCCUUUCUUUCGUGA